GCAGGACACACACUGGAGAGGACCGAGGAGACACCAGAGGACAACCAUGGACAGCAGAGGCAGGAAAGAGUCGAACGGAUCCUUCAAACGCUCGUCCAUCAAACGCAGCGCGUCCUCUGGAUCACAGAAGGUCCACAGAGUCUGGAUCGAGAGGACAUUUGUGAAGAGAGACUGUUUCCAUUUUAUUCCCAGCAAAGACACCAGCAGGUGUAGUUGUGGUCAGCUCCUGGUCCAACACGCCUCCAUCUCUCCAGCGGUCAAAGAUGAAGGGGGCGGAGCUCCACUGGCCCCGUCUGCAGAGAGGUGGACGCCCCUCAAACACACCCACACUUCACCCACUGACGCCUACGGAGUCAUAGAGUUCCAGGGCGGAGGACACGUCAACAAGGCAAUGUACAUCCGGGUCUCCUACGACUCGAGGCCGGACUCCCUGCUGCACCUGAUGGUGAAGGACUGGCAGCUGGAGCUGCCCACACUCCUCAUCUCUGUCCAUGGAGGCCUCCAGAACUUUGACCUACCGCCCAAACUCAAGCAGGUGUUUGGUAAAGGACUCAUCAAAGCCGCCGUCACCACGGGAGCCUGGAUCUUCACAGGUGGAGUCAGCACAGGAGUGAUCCGACAUGUCGGAGACGCUCUGAAGGAUCAUUCAUCAAAGUCUAGAGGGAAAGUGUGCGCCAUCGGCAUCGCACCGUGGGGGAUCAUCGAGAACAGGGAGGACCUGAUCGGCAGAGACGUGAUCAGACCCUACCAGACUAUGUCUAAUCCACUCAGUAAACUGUCUGUGCUGAACAGUAGCCACUCCCACUUCAUCCUGUCUGAUAACGGCACCAUCGGGAAGUACGGCGCUGAGGUCCGCCUCCGCCGCCAGCUGGAAAAACACAUCGCUCUGCAGAAGAUUAACACACGUCUGGGUCAGGGUGUCCCUGUUGUGUGUCUGAUCCUGGAGGGAGGACCUAACGUGAUCUCCAUUGUCAUGGAGAGUCUGAAGGAGGAGCCUCCGGUCCCCGUCGUGGUCUGUGACGGCAGCGGUCGAGCCUCUGACAUCAUUUCCUUUGCUCACAGAUACUGUGAGGAGGACGGGUCGGUGAGUGACGGGGUCAAAGAUCAGCUGCUCGUCACCGUCCAGAAAACGUUCAACUACAGCCGCAGUCAGGCGCAGCAGAUCUUCCUCAUGGUGAUGGAGUGCAUGAAGAAGAAAGCCCUGAUCACAGUCUUCAGGAUGGGAUCAGAAGGACAACAGGACAUAGAAAUGUCCAUCCUCACUGCUCUGCUCAAAGGUACUAAUGCCUCAGCGUCAGAUCAGCUGAGUUUGGCUCUGGCCUGGAACAGAGUGGACAUCGCUCAGAGUCAGAUCUUUGUGUAUGGACACCACAGACCUCCUGUCUCUGUCUUACCCACUGACCGUCCUAAAAGUCCAUCAUCACAGUGGACAGCAGUCGCAGCAGCAGCAGGAGGCAAAGGAAAAGUCAGAGGGAAGAAAGGAAAAGCAGGAAAAACUAAACCAGAGCCACCGGAGGAGACUGAUCCACGAAAACUAGAGCUGCUCAGCUGGGUGAACUCCCUGGAGCAGGCCAUGAUGGACGCUCUGGUUCUGGACAGAGUGGACUUUGUGAAGCUGUUGAUUGAGAACGGAGUGAACAUCCAUCACUUCCUGACCAUUCCUCGUCUGGAGGAGCUGUACAACACCAAGCUGGGACCGGCCAACACGCUGCACUUUGUGGUCAGAGACGUGAAGAAGGGGAACCUCCCUCCAGAUUACCAGAUCACACUGAUUGACAUCGGCCUGGUCCUGGAGCUCUUGAUGGGUGGAGCUUAUCGCUGUAACUACACCAGGAAGAGCUUCAGGAUGUUGUACAACAACCUGUACGGCCUGAAGAGACCCAAAGCUCUGAAACUUCUGGGGAUGGAGGACGAUGAACCUCGUCCAAAGGGAAAAGGAAAGAAGAGCAAGAAGAAGGAAGAAGAGGUGGACGUGGACGUGGACGACCCUGAGCUCAGCAGGUUUCAGUACCCCUUCCACGAGCUGAUGGUGUGGGCGGUGCUGAUGAAACGCCAGAAGAUGGCGUUGUUCCUGUGGCAGCGGGGGGAGGAGGCCAUGGCCAAAGCACUGGUGGCGUGUAAACUGUACAAGGCCAUGGCCCACGAGUCGUCUCAGGGCGAGCUGGUGGACGACAUCUAUCAGGACCUGGAGAACAACUCCAAGGAGUUUGGACAGCUGGCCUACGAGCUGCUGGAUCAGUCGUACAAACAUGACGAGCAGGUCGCCAUGAAGCUGCUGACCUACGAGCUGAAGAACUGGAGUAACUCCACGUGUCUGAAACUGGCCGUCGCUGCCAAACACCGAGACUUCAUCGCUCACACCUGCAGUCAGAUGCUGCUCACCGACAUGUGGAUGGGCUGUUUGAGAAUGGGCAAGAGCAACAGCCUCAAGGUGAUUCUAGGCAUCGUCUUCCCUCCUGCCAUCCUCCUCAUGGACUUUCGUCUGGGAGAUGAAACUUUGUAUCAUUCGUCCAAAGAGAACGAAAACAACAAAAGCAAAGACGACGACAACAAAUCCAGCAAGGAUUCUGUGUCAAACGUCGACGCAACGUCAAAGAAAGGAGACGAAGAAGAAAACCAGAAGAAACCUCGUAGAAGGAUUCCCAUCAGGAGGACCAUCUACGAGUUCUACAACGCCCCCUUCACUAAGUUCUGGUUCAACACGAUCUCGUACCUGGUGUAUCUGAUGUUGUAUAACUACAUCAUCCUGGUGAAGAUGGAGCGAUGGCCGUCUCUGCAGGAGUGGAUCGUCAUCUCUUACAUCAUCACUCUGGGUCUGGAGAAAGUCCGACAGAUCCUGAUGUCGGAGCCGGGGAAGCUGAAGCAGAAGAUUAACGUGUGGUUGGAGGAUUACUGGAACAUCACUGACCUGGCGGCCAUCUCUGUCUUCCUGUUGGGUUUGCUGCUGCGGCUGCAGAGCGAGCCGUACAUGGGCUAUGGACGCGUCAUCUACUGCGUGGACAUCAUCUUCUGGUACAUACGUGUCCUCGACAUCUUUGGCGUCAACAAGUACCUGGGACCGUACGUCAUGAUGAUCGGGAAGAUGAUGAUUGACAUGUUGUACUUUGUGGUCAUCAUGCUCGUGGUGCUGAUGAGCUUCGGUGUGGCUCGUCAGGCCAUCCUCCACCCGGACGAGGAGCCAACAUGGCGGCUGGCGAGGAACAUCUUCUACAUGCCGUACUGGAUGAUCUACGGAGAGGUGUUUGCCGACUCCAUAGACCUUUAUGCCAUGGAAAUUAAUCCCCCGUGUGGCGAGAACAUGUAUGACGAGGACGGGAAGAAACUCCCUCCCUGUAUUCCAGGGGCGUGGCUUACACCUGCCAUCAUGGCCUGUUACCUGCUGGUGGCUAACAUCCUGCUGGUCAACCUGCUCAUCGCUGUCUUCAAUAACACGUUCUUCGAGGUGAAGUCCAUCUCUAACCAGGUGUGGAAGUUCCAGCGCUAUCAGCUGAUCAUGACGUUCCACGAGCGUCCGAUUCUGCCGCCACCGCUCAUCAUCGUCCCGCACGUCUGCAUCGUCCUCAAGACGCUCUGCUGUCAGUGGACACGAGGACAUGAGGACGAGCACGGAGAGAGGAGACUGCAGCUGGUGCUGAACGCUGACGAGCUGAAGAAUCUCCAUGAGUUUGAAGAACAGUGUGUGGAGGAAUAUUUCAGAGAGAAAGACGACGAGAAACUGUCUUCAAACAACGAACGCAUCAGAGUCACAUCAGAGAGAGUGGAGAACAUGUCCAUGCGUCUGGAGGAAGUGAAUGAGCGUGAACACUCGAUGAAGGCGUGUCUUCAGACAGUGGACCUGCGUCUGUCUCAGUUGGAGGACGUCUCUGGACGGAUGAUGGCGGCUGUGGAGGCGUUGGUGGGCGUGGACCGUGGCGAGCUGCGUCCUCGCUCCAGAUCCUCGUCCGUCUGUGAACCCGGCGCUCUGCUGCGUCACGGCAGCUUCACCAGCACUGACGGCUACUGUCUGUACCACGAGGACCAGGACCAAGACCAGGACCGCAGGGUCCAGCUGAGUCCAGACACAAGGGGAGGAGCAGGUGACGUGAAGGAGUUUGGGUGGAGUCUGGACGUGAGACAGGAGAGGACACAGUCUCUGUCCAUCCUCAUCUCCCCAUGUGACCUCAGCCCCACCCACUCCCGUCCUGCCUCACCUCACAGUGACCUCACAAACACUGAGGCGGAGAAACAGCAGGCGGAGGCGGAGUCCUUCCCUCUGCUCACGUCAGUGGUCACUGAGUAUUUGUCCUCUUUUACCCGCAGCAGCUGCCCUGCCUCCAACAGGAAGUCAGCUGGCAGCAGUGUCUUAAGCCCCGCCUACCCGGACCAAGAAAAAACACCCAGAAUGGAAGCAGAGAAAGAGGGAGGAGCCGAAGCCAAAGUGGAAGAGGCCAGGUCAUGUGAUGGGGAAAAGGAGGUUGAGACAUUGUUGGACAGUAACCAUAGUAACACAAAGGAGGGGGAGGAGCUUCAGGAAGUGCUGUUGAUGGAGGAGGCGAACAGGAAGUAUCACCUUCAACCUGAGGAAGACGAGGACGAAGGACAACAAGGAGACACAACAUCUGUCCUGCAGCAUCACCUGGUGGGCGGGGCAACCAUGGACCAGGACCAGGACCAGAGACCUGUGGUCUUGAAGGACUGAAGUGAGACGUCUUCAUGUUUCUGUGUGUGUGUGUGUGUGUGUGUGUCUGACUUAAAGGGACAUUUCCAGUUUUUUAAAAUGUAA